AUGGAAACAGCGGACUACAAGCUCCUGCUCACCUGCCCAUCUGGACUCUCGCCAUCUCAGUUGGCCGUGAUUUUUGAUCGAUCGUACGAUAGAAUCCCGCAUCCGAACGCUGAAUUGGAGGACUCCAUAGGCCAAAUAUGGGAGGACAGAAUUCAGAGCAAUUCAUCUUUAUACAAUGGGAAGAAGUUCCGGUAUGGCGGAUGUAGUCUUCAGGAUGGUGGUGAAGCUAGAGGAGUUUCUCAAGCAUGCCUCCACCUUGGCUCGACAGAUUACCGGACAUUUGUCGGGACAAACUUGAAUCCUUUGUGGGAAAAUUUCCUUGCACCAUCUGAAGAGGAUGUGAUAAAGUGCCAACAUACAGCAAAUCCACUGGGUAAUGGCGCAAUUGUGGUAACCGCUGACAAUGAAAUUGUUGUGUUGAGAAGAAGUGAUAAUGUUGGAGAAUUUGCGGGACAUUUAGUUUUUCCUGGAGGUCAUCCAGAGCCUGAAAAAGUUGAAGUAGCAUCUAGUCAAAAUGGUCAGGAUCCUGUUGUCACAACUGAGGAACUCAACAAGAAGGUCUCUGAAGAGAUGUUUGACAGUAUUUCUCGUGAAGUAGUUGAAGAAAUUGGAGUACCUGCAACGUCUCUUUCAACUCCAGUUUUUAUUGGUCUCUCUCGCAGGAUCUUGAAUGUCAGACCAGCUGCAUUUUUCUAUAUGAAAUGCAACCUGCCAUCCAAGGAAAUCCAUCAACUGUACUCUAGUGCACUAGAUGGCUACGAGUCAAUCCAACUUCACACGGUCUCACCGGUGAUUUUAGAACACAUGAAAAGUAAAAUGCCUGGCUGUCAUCAAGGUGGAUUUGCGCUUUAUAAGCUGAUGAUUGAAGCUUCGACGAAAGUAUAG